GCCGAGACCCAGCCAACAGGAGCCGGAGCCUUAAGCCAUGGAGAACGGAGCGCUAUCCGGGGCCCAGAAGGAGCGGAUCCGAGAGACGUGGAAAGCCGUGCGCCAGGACCAGCUGCACCACGGCACGGUGCUGUUCACCAGGCUGUUUCAGCUGGAGCCCGAGCUGGUCCUGCUCUUCCAGUACGAGUCGUCGGGGUUUUCAGACGUCCAGGAAUGCCUCGGCUCUGCUGAGUUCACGGAGCACAUCCGCAAAGUGAUGACAGUAAUCGGUGCCGCCGUGGACAGCGUGGACUCGUUGCCGUCUCUGGAUGAAUAUCUGACCAGUCUGGGGAGGAAGCACCGGGCCGUGGGGGUCAAGCUGGAAUCAUUUAAGACGGUCGGCGAGUCUCUGCUCUUCGCCUUGGAGUCGGCCCUCGGAGACGCUUUCACGGCAGAGACGCGAGACGCCUGGAGCUGUCUAUACGGCACGGUGGUGAGAAGUAUGAGCCGGGGCUGGCACCAGUGACACCAGGGGACCCUGAGACCCCACAAGCCAAGGAAGGCCGGCCAUGCGCACACCCUGCUCCGUGGGUCUAUAGCAGUGCAGAGCAGCCACACGCUGCGCCACGUGACGCUCCGCGGGCGCACGCCGGACUGAUACCGAGAGCGGGAAGCAGCCGUGUUUCUGCGCAGAGCUGUGUCCGUGUAUCCGUGUUACAUUGUAUGUAUGUCUGUAUCUGUGUACCACGCGUGUGUUUAGCGCCUGCCGUAUAAAACAGCCUU